AUGAAAAGGAUACGGAAUAUAGUUUACAACCUAAACGAAGAUUUUGUGGACUUCGCAGAACACACCAGUGCUCAUGGUAUUCCACGAGCAUACGUAUCAGAGGGAUUACGACGGAUGUUGUGGUUGUUACUUUUUCUGGUUUGUUUGUGCGCUUUUGGAUAUCAAGCAUACCUGAUCAUUCAACGAUUCCAGAGGAAUGAUAUCAUCGUCGGUGUCGAGAUCCGAUUCGAAGAAAUUCGCUUUCCCGCCGUCACUAUUUGCAAUAUCAAUCCGUAUAAGAAUUCUCUAGCUCGUCAAACGUCCUCAAUAAAAAGCGCGGUCAGUGACUUUUUGUCAGCGUGUUCAUACUUUUUUACACUUCACUCACCAGUACAGUAUCUCAGCUUGAAUCUUUCGAAUCUGCCAUCGAUCGCUCUGCUGGUAAGGAUCAUCAGCCGGGGCAGCGUCGGAAAAGAUAUCUCAGAAUGGGAAUAUACUAUGUGCAAUGGCUGUGACUGGUGGGGAAGAUGUACUCAAUCCUUCGGGCUGAGUGGUGAAGAAGAGUGUAUAUGUGAUGGUAACUCACAUAGACGAUGUUUCGCUGUGGAAACAGCAACGGAGGGAUUGGAUGAAAAAGGUGGAGGUGCAGAGGAAAAAGCACUCGUUCGAGUCCGUAGGAGGAAAAUACGUGUUUAUGAAAAGAUUCUGCGCCAGUACGAGGGAAUACUGGCGGUUUACUCCGAGUGCUCAUGUAAAUCUGAUAUGUAUUGUGACGCUAUCAAGGAAACGCAAGAUACCAACACCUCUAAUGACUGUAUAUGUUUCUAUAACAAGAAAAACGAUCACUUAUGGCCAUGUUAUCUUCAGAAAGAUUGGCAAGAAAGGAAAUGUCCGAGGUGCGGCACGUUCGGUGAUUGUCUCUACACGGAUCGUCAACAUGGUGCUCACGAUUGCUUCUGUGCACUGCCAAUUCGUAUGUGCGUUCAAAUCGAUCCGCCCGAAGGGAACUUGACGAAUAUAACCGAUCGAAUCGCCACCUACUGGGAUAUCGCGCCUCCAACUACAAUGUCGCCAUUACAGUAUGAGAGUGAACGGAAGAAACUGGAUCGUGAGAAAGCCUAUGGAUAUACGGGUGUCAAGGAUCCGAUAGCGCUGAAAGGCAAAGCUAUGGAAAAUAUCAUUUUCGCUGUCGAUGAGCUCACUGAACAAGAAAAAUGGGCCAUCAGUUAUAAAAAAUCGGAAUUGAUACUCAAGUGCUCAUUCAAUGGACAAGAAUGUAAAGUUGACGAAGAGUUCAACGCAUUUCUGGAUCCUACCUUUGGCGCAUGUUUUACCUAUGUUGGCCGGCAUUCUGCAGCAAACAUUACGAAUGAACGAGCUGGACCAGCAUACGGUCUCCGUCUCGAAGUGUUCGUCAACAUAUCCGAAUAUUUACCGACAACGGAAGCAGCUGGUGUUCGCCUCACUGUGCACACCAUCGAAGAACAACCGUUUCCGGACUCACUGGGACAUUCUGCUCCCACUGGAUUUGUUAGCAGUUUCGGCAUAAAAUUGAAGACUAUGACACGUCUACCAGCCCCAUAUGGAGACUGCAUUCAAGAAGGCAAAGACGAGGAUUACAUCUAUGUCACCAAACAGUACAGCACCGAAGGCUGCCAGCGAAGUUGCAUUCAGAAACACUUGGCCACAACAUGCGGUUGUGGUGAUCCACGUUAUCCACCUUUCCGUAAAACCAAGAACUGCCCUGUUGAUGACCCAAUCAAAAGAGAAUGUCUGAAGCAAGAAAUGCAAUACGCCGUACGAUAUCCGAAAACAAUUGGAUGCAAGUGUCGUCAACCGUGCAGCCAAGACGUCUAUUCGGUGUCCUAUUCAGCUUCUCGAUGGCCAGCCGUGCCCGGUGACCUGAGUGGUUGUCCAGAAGGAAUGGCACCGCACCACUGCUUAUCGUACAAAAGGGAACAAGGCGCUAUGGUUGAAGUCUACUACGAAGAGCUCAAUUACGAGUCUCUACUGGAAAGUGAAGCUUACGGGUUACCGAAUUUGCUCUCAGAUUUCGGUGGACAACUCGGUCUAUGGAUGGGAGUCAGCGUCAUAACCAUCAUGGAGGUUUGA